AAAACCCGCAAGCCCGAUCUUGAGCUCUCGAGAAGAGGAAGAUGAACAGAUAUGAAAGAAGCCCAGCGAAAUGCCGUCACCCCAAGUCAUCAUGACCCACAGAAAGUCCCCUGCCUUCCGCGUCCUGCCGUCCGCGUGCUGCCAAAAAAGCGCGUCGCGGAGCGCCGGGCUCCGGGCUGCACAUGUCGACGGGGGAUGCAGCAUACCAAAGCUUGGAAGAGGAGGCGUGUUGCUUGCGGUGUUGCCGCGGUUUGCAGCGGUCCCUCGCCAGCACGGAGGGCCGGCGGCAGCUGCUGCUGGGCGCUGCGCUCACGCUGGUGGGCGCCGGGGGUUGAGGUGGCGUUGAUGGUGUUGAGAGGACCACUCUUGGACCUCCUGGGCUUCGUCCUGAAGGUUUGUGAGUACUUCUUGAAGCCGCUGCUCUUGGUGACGGAUGUGGUUCCUCCGCCAGUCUUGGAAUUGCUGGGCGUGAUCUCCAUUGGAGGCACCGCGGCCUACCUUUGCUACAAAGAUCCCAACACCGCCUGCCUUUUUGUGGUGUUGCUGUUGGCUGGGGGCGGGUACUUCCUUGCCAGCGUGACCAUCUGGUACAAGCCCAUUGAUGCGUCCAAGGACUUCCUUCAGCUCAGCGACGAUCAUCCAAUAGGUCCCGUUGCUCUGAACGGACUCGGGCUCCCCUGAGCCGCCCGUGGCGCGCUGGGCAUCGCCGCAAAA